AUGCUCAAUAAGUACACUCUUGAAUUUCUAUUUAAGGAUUAAGCUGAACAAUACGAAAACUAUUCCAAAUAAUCUAAACUUAGGGAAGUAACAUACUUCACCAUCUAUUCAGUUGUAAUUAAUCGAUUUGUACUCUUAGUCAUUUUGUAUUCUAAAUACUACAAAAUUUAUCUUACGAGAUUCUAUUCCUUAUUCUAUACUUAGUGGAAUAUCUAUUAUUAUUAUUUUGAUACUAUGGAAAAUACUGUAAAGAAAGCCUCAUUUAAUAAAUUUGAUUGUAACUAUUUAUCAAGUGUUUUUACUUUGUGCUUUUAAAAUACCUUAAUUAUUUGAAGGUACUUCUAAUCCAACCUUAGAUUAAUCUUGGUAUUAUGGAUUUUAAUGUGGAUAUUUACAUUUUAAUGUUUAUCUUUUAAGUGCUAAUUUCAUUUAUUAAACCUUUUUGCUGAUAGUUAUUAUUGGAGUUCAUUUAUAUUAAGAUAAUAUAGAUAUUAAAGAUGGAAUUAUAAAUAUAUUUCUUUUUGUUUUUUUGGCCAUGAAUAUGAUUGCAAUUAAGUACAAUUAUGAAAAAACUAAAAAAGAACAAUAUUUUUAGAGUUGUCAAUAAGAAAAAUGGGAAUAAUUAUUAUCGAAAGUCUUGUCAAGUUCAAUUUUGCUUGUAUCACAUGAUAAGAAAUAGGAUUAAUUGUAACUUGAAAAGGAAAAUAAAUUUUCAUCUAUUUUAUUUAGAUUGAAAGAUGGUGAAAAUUUGCGAUAAUUAUUGAGAUAAGUAUAAAUAUUUUUCAUAUGUUUUAGUUGAUUGUAACUUCCAGUAAUGAUCCUGAAGAUAGUGUCUCAAAUUUAAUUCAUAUUAAUAUGGAAAAAACUUUAAGGAGAUUCUUAAUUCAUACAUAAGAAUUUGCUGAUACUUUUAAAACUUAUAAAUAUACUGUUCAACAUUAAUAAACAUAAAAAUUUUAUAAUGUCAAAAUACUCAGAUGUGUAUUUAAUAAUAAACUAUAAUGUUUAUUGAUCAUUGAUCCUAAAAAAAAAUAUUUUUAUAAUUAAACCUAAGUUUUAUGGAGUAUACUUUAAAAUAUAACUGAAACAGCAAAUGAAUAAUCAUCUUUUUUAAUUAAAAUGAUAACUAAAUUUAAUCAAAUAUCUAUUAAAUAAAGAUUUCCCUAUUAGAAAUUCUAUUUUAAUCAUAAUUUCAUACAGAAUAUUUAAAUCAUUUUUUAACAUAAAUCAAAUAGUCUUAAAUUAACAGAUAUCACUCAAGUUUCAUUAUAAACUGUACUUGAUCCACUAAUUGGACUUGAUUCUUAGAAUUUAAUACUUAAAAAGUCAUUUACUCAUGAUAUUACCAUAAUUUAACAAUUAUUAAUUUCUUGCUUUUACAUAAUUUAACAUAUCUUUAAAGAUGUUAAAAUUCUACAAAUACUUAUAGAGAAUUAAAAUAAUGAAAUAUUUUUCUCUAUUAAAAUAAAAGAGAAGGAUAAAAUUAUUUAAACAAAGAUAUUAGAAAUCUUACAAACUAAUUGGGUCAAAUCUCCUAAAGGAUUUUUUCAUAAAAAUACUAUUCAUUAAUCACUCUUAGAAAGAAUUAGUUAUUUAACAUAAUAGUUUUAGAUUCCUAUAAAUUUACUACUAAAUAUAAGUAUCACUUAAUUAAUUCUCUCUAAGUUUGGAGUUUAUAAUCAUUUAGAUAUUAUACAAGCUAAUAAUGAAUUUACUUUUAAAUUUUCUUUAGUACCAUAAAUAUAAUGA